AUGACAAGUCAUUCACGUACAAGCAUUCUAAUCUUUUUUUAAUAACAAUCGGUGUUCAACAAUGGUUCUUCCGCAAAUUCGUUUUUAAUGAAGAACUUACGAAGUCAUUGGAAAAAUUACAUAUAUUGCUAGUAAUCUGUCGAUUCAGAGGGUGGCACGUGUAGAAGAGGAAAUUACUGGGAAAAUCGUUGUUAAUUUUGAUUAUAUAAGGAAAAACAACGUAGACGGUAGAAUCAGUUUCAGUGGUUGACCAGUGGAAGCUGACUUUAUCGAAAUGUUCAAGUUUAUGGUAUUAGUUGCUGUAGCUGUGGUUUCAGUGAAUGGGUUUAGCCAAGAACUGAAGCAGAAAUUCCUUGAAAAACUCAAUAAAGAAGGCCAUGAGUGUGCUGCAGAAGUAGGAGCAAGUGAAGAUGAUGUUAACGAAUUGAAAGAUCAUAAAUUUCCUUCAAGACAUGAGGGUGAAUGCCUGAUAUUCUGUCUCCACAAGCGUUUCAAUAUGAUGCAUGACGAUGGAACCAUAAAUACUGAAGGAGCCAUUCAAAUGAUGAAACCUCUGAAAGAAGACGACCCAGAACUGUACGAAAAGUUUAUGAGCAUUGGACGUCACUGUACCGAAGAUGUUAAAACUCAAGAUGACAAGUGCAAGUAUGCCACAGAAUUGGUACAGUGCGCUGUUAAGAAGGGAAGAGAGAUGGGAAUGGAUGAAUCAAUCUUCGAGUGAAAAUUUUAUUUUUUGUCCAAUCUGUGAGGCUAUGUUGUUUAAUCUUGAAUAAAUUUAAUUUUGAUUGA